AUGGCUGAGCCGGCCGAACACGACUCCGACGAUGAGAAGAUCCUCACCUCACCUCCUCCCGAGGGAUUCAGUCCGGAGGCCGUACGGAGAUUUCUCGACCUCUUUCGCAAGGAAGACGCCCGGGAAAUUCUUUUUCAAUACGACGCGAUCCUACCUCAUAACGCCGAGUUCGACCAGCUGCUACGCUGGGUGACCGACCCCACUACCGGUGACACUGCCGUCCACGUCGCUGCUUCUGCUCGAAACAUUAGUGCCCUCGGCAGCCACAUCGAGAGCUUUGGCAGAGACUGGAGCGCCAAUCCCUGGCUCUUGACGUGCUUCAGAGCCCCUUUUUUCCUCCGAAACAAGGCUGGGGAUACUGUCUUUCACGUUGCGGCUCGCACUGGCCGUUUAGACGUCGUGAACGGAGUUUGGCGCGUUUUCUGGCUGCAUCCAGGAUGGAAUCAACCCUCCUACGAGUCUGGGUCCGAUGCCUACGCGCCUGUUUGCGAAGAUUUAGGGGAGUUCGAACACGAUCCCGAACAAAUAUCCGUCCCCGAGUACAUGGUGGCCAUUGUCCUCUUGGCCAGGAAGAACGGCAACGGCCACACCGCUGCCGACGAAGCCGCUGCGGCUGGCCAUCAUGACGUCGCGCAGUGGCUGUGGCUGAUGCUGGAGCGUCUCACCCUGGGCAAUAAGAGAGCGACCGAGAGUAGGAUGGCGAGGAUGGAAGAGCUGGUUGACAACCGCUACGAUAUUGAUGGACAUCAUGUUACGCCAGACCAGCUUCCGUAUAUUAGAAGGUGGACGCAGUUUCUUGACGGACGUGUCAUUUCAGGUGACUAUUGA